AUGUCCCGCAAUGAAAAUGAGAAUGAGAUAGAUGAUGAAAGCUGCAGAAGCUCCGAUGAUACCUUCAAAGACAUUUCACAGUCCUCCCCUAGAGAGGGACGAAUGUUUUUCCGUUUCAACGAUGGAAACAGCGACACAUCAUUUUCUGAGCCAGAAGUGGAAGAGCCCAGCUCAAUUUAUAGUGGCAGAAUACGUAGAAUGAGGCCACCCUCCGAUUUAUUAAACGAAGCGAGAUGGAAUAAUUCGAAUGACGAUAUGUUGACUGAUAAAAGUCUUUCUGCUGACGAAUAUCUCGACUGUGCUUCUGGUGAAAUGGGCUGGUUUUGGGUAUGUCAGAUCGAUGUCAUUCCAGGAUACUUCGCAACCCCAUGGACAGCCAGAUUCUCAACAGAUAUUUGCAUUGGAGCGAUCGCCGUCAUUAUUGAGGCAUUGGGGAUAGUUACAGACUUUUCUCAGCCAGCAUAUCUUGAAAUUUCUUGCCACCCGCGCGGCCUUGCCUGGAUGAGAAGUGGGUAUUCUACCUUCCCUCCUUACGGAGUCAGUGCCAACCACCACCAUGGUACCGUCAUUUCUGGUGCUUAUGACACUCAGUCUCUGCCCGGCUUUCGAGAUCCUCUUUUCCCUAUUGAGCUUCUUGGACAUUAUGGUUUUCAAGUUGAUGGCCGCCAGCCUUCCGACGCGGCAAAUUUACGCGCCCGGCUCACGGAAUUAAUGGCUCUUGACUCAUGGCUUUCAUAUUGUGGCCGCCAACCAGAGAUAUGUGGAUAUGGACACGGGAUCAAUAAUGGUGCAACCGUAACUGGAGCCGGAGACCUCCUUUACACCAUGCCGACCCUCGUAAAGAGAACCAUGGAUAGCUUCUCUUUAGAAUUUACGAAUCUGGAACGCACAGCUAUCAACGGUGGCCAACAGCUCGUUCGACAAAUAGCCGUCAAUCUCUUGGAUACACUUGGAUGGAAGGUUGAGGGUCUUUCACCAGCAGAAAAACUCUUCGCGUUGGUUGCGAUGCUUCGGGCAUCUAAAAUGGCGCUGUGCAUUUCGCAAGGGACUGAUACUUCUGCUCUACGAGAUAUAAUGCUCAAUGACGUCCAGGCUCAUCUCGUUUAA